AUGCGCCGAAAUUGUACAAAGGUAAUCGAUCAUGUGAAGAAACAAGAAUGCUCAGUUUAUACAAAAUCACCACAAAUACACUACGUGAACAACGUCAGCAUCAGGUUCAUCACCUUCCUUUCCAAUCGACUGACCAAAGUGCACCAAUGGCGAUUCGUCAAAUCUGCGGACAACCCAGCCGACUACUGCUCCCGGGACUUGAAAUCAUUUAAAAAAUUACCCGAUGAGCUCCACGAUCCGACAUUUCUGACGGCCGCGUCAAACGACGGGAGUAAAGUGCUUGCACCUCCUGUACUCGUUGAGUUGGUUAAAACCAAAAGAGUGGCAAUGGCGGCGGAAGACGACGCCACCUCCUCCUGUCGAGGAAACUAG